AUGAACACUGUUGUAAUCGGAAUCUCAACGCUCUCAACUCUCCUGCUCUUUCUUCUCUUCAAGGCGGGAUUAACCCAAUACCUCGAUGGCAACUGUGGAAUAACACGGAAAAGCCAGAUUGCGAAUAAUAUCUCGGCUCCUUGGAUGGCUUAUCUGCAUACGACCGAAUUGAUAUACGUGUGCGGCGGAACGCUGAUUUCUCAAAAGCUCGUAUUAACAGCCGCACAUUGCAUUAAGGACAACGAGCAACUAGUAGCCCGCCUUGGGGAGUUAACAGGAUUUCGUGAAGAAAAUGACACAAUGCAAUCAGGGUUUCUUGUUAACCAAACUUUUAAGCAUCCAUCCUACAAUAUGAAGACAUUUGACAACGAUAUUGCAAUCCUCGGGUUAGCCACGGAUGUGGUGUAUACAGAAAACAUCAAACCCAUCUGCAUUCUGUGGUGGACCUUUUGGAGACAGUACAUCGACAAUAUCCAGGUGCUCACCGGAUAUAGAUGGGGAAUAGCCGCAGAAAAGAAUGAAAGCGAUUCCUUCAUGACUCAAGACGUUAGCCGCCAGCCAUCAAAAAUGUGCAGCACCUCAAAUGAGGCAUCCAUUUUGAACACCCAAUUCUGUGCGGGAAAUUCAGAGAGCUACCUGUGCACUGUGGACUACAGUAGUCCUUUGGGGGCAAUGGUUUCAUACAGGAACUUACGUCGUUUUGUCCUGAUCGGCAUGGCAACCUCGAACCAAAGGUGCAAAAAGCCAAGUAUUUACACAGACGUGCUCAGCCACAUCGACUUUAUUCUCAAAGCGUGGCGGUCUUAUGGUAAAAAUCAAACUGAUUCUACACUAAGUACAACGACACCGAUUCCUUUAAAUGUACCUCUGGGUAAUGCAACUGAGCUGCCGCCUCCCGAACCGCAAAGUCCGGUCCGCCUCUCCUCUGCCCCGCCCCCCAAUCCCCGCUCCCCGCCCACCUGCCAGACAUCGGGAACCCCCAACCCCAACAUGGGCUUGAUUAUUGGCUUAGCUCAUGGUCUGGCCAUUUUACAAUUGCCUCCACUCCAUCCGGUGGCCCCCAAUUGA